GUCUUCUCCUCCUCUCAACACCUCAGUUUUCCAUGGCGAAGAAGAAACAGAGCAACUCUCCUUCCUUCACAGACACAAACGACAGCAACAGAGGAAGCUUCAAAGGCAUUGAAAAGGUGAGGAGGACGAGGAAGUGCGUGCCGAGAGAAUCUCCAUCUCAGAGAAGCUCGAUUUUUCGUGGUGUUACAAGGCACAGGUGGACUGGAAGAUAUGAGGCUCAUCUAUGGGAUAAGAAUUGCUGGAAUUAUUCACAAAACAAGAAAGGAAGACAAGUUUAUCUUGGAGCAUAUGAUGAUGAAGAAGCUGCAGCUCAUGCCUACGAUUUGGCUGCAUUGAAGUACUGGGGACAAGAAACCAUACUGAAUUUUCCUCUUCUGAACUACACAGGGGAGGUGAAAGAAAUGGAAGGACAAUCCAAGGAAGAGUAUAUUGGAUCCUUAAGAAGGAAGAGCAGUGGAUUCUCAAGAGGAGUAUCUAAAUACAGAGGUGUUGCAAGGCAUCAUCAUAAUGGAAAAUGGGAAGCUCGGAUUGGUCGUGUAUUUGGCAACAAGUACUUGUAUUUGGGAACCUAUGCAACACAAGAAGAGGCAGCAGCAGCAUAUGACGUAGCAGCAAUCAAAUACCGCGGCAUCAAUGCAGUCACCAACUUUGAUCUCAGCCGUUACAUCAAGCUGGUUCGUCCGAAUCUUGAAGACAACAGAUCGAUGAACCCCUCGCAAUCCACAAACGCAUCGCCCAAUUCUUGUCUCAGCUUUUCGCAAGAACAACAGCAACAAAAUUAUGAGCAAAUCCUAUCUUUACCUCACUCACAAUCAACAAUUCCGACUCCAUCAUCCGCACUUGAGCUGUUACUUCGAUCAUCAAAGUUCAAGGAGAUGCUCGAGAGCACAUCGGCGAUCAACACGCCGCCGUCGCUGCAAGAUUCCGGCGAAAAAUCGCCAUCUCAGUGCAGUUUUCCUGACGACAUUCAGACUUUCUUCAAGGUCCAUGACAAUGAAAGCUUUGUUGUUGAAGGAGCCGAUGUCAUCUUUGGUGAGCUCAAUGCCUUCGAAGCUCCAAUUUUCCAUUGUGAGCUUGAUGUUUGAACUUCAUUUUAUUUUAUUUUCAUCAGUAGGGUUUUAAUU